AUGCCGAAGCUUGUAGAGACCGUCGAUCUGUCCAACACUGCCACUGCAUAUUAUGCACCAGCAACAGUUGCACCCAUUGGCAAACUCAUACAUGUCUCUGGACAGCCCGGAAACACAAAGGAUGGCCUUGUGCCAGCUGACUAUGAGUCGCAAAUUCAUCUAGCCCUGCUCAACCUGCGCAAGAUUAUCAUCGCUGCUGGGUCUUCAAUUGAGAACAUUGUGAAGCUGCAACUCUUCAUUGUCGAUUAUGAUGCAGCCAAUCGCAAGCACACCCGGCACAUCCAACGAUUUCUUAAUGGCCACCGACCGGCCAUCACUCUGAUCCCCGUUCCCAAACUUGCGGUUUCGUCAUGGCUCUUCGAGAUCGACGCUACAAUCGCCCUCCCAGAGCCUUCUAUUCCUCCUGUCAUCCCUGCCGCCAAUGAGAAUACCGAUGUUAUAAUCAUUGGCGCUGGUCUUGCCGGUCUCUCCGCUGCACAUGAUAUCUUGCGCGCGGGCUUGUCUUGCGUCAUUCUUGAAGCGCGCGAUCGUGUCGGCGGCAAGACUUGGAGCUCACCCCUUAAUGGUGGCGGUGUCAUUGACUUGGGUGCUGGCUGGAUCAAUGACACUAACCAGAGCAAGGUCUAUGCUCUGGCGAAGCGUUACGGCGCGGAGGUCAUUGUGCAGAACACCCAGGGCAAUGUAGCUCUGCAGGACUUUGAUGGCAACUGCACUCCAUUCGUCUACGGAGAUAUGCCUAACUUUGAUAAAGCUACCCAGGCCCACCUGACGGAGAUCCGUGAUCUGUGCGAGGCUGAUUGUCAAGCUCUCGACACUUGGAGGCCUCAAGACACUAGCUUGGAUUCUAUCACAUUUGAGACCUACCUGCGGUCCCGUGGGGCGAGCGAGGUAGCUAUUGCCACUGGAAUGGUCUGGACUCGAGCAAUGCUUGGCCAGGAUCCGCGAGAUGUUUCAGCACUUUAUUUCCUCAACUAUUGCAAGUCUGGAGGUGGUUUAUUACAGAUGCGGUCCGAUCGUAAAGACGGCGGGCAAUACCUCCGCAUUCGACAGGGUACUCAGGUCUUCUCUUUGGGAUUGGCAUCAUCCCUUCCGGAGGGAACUAUUCGACUCUCCAGUCCUGUGCACUCGGUUAUCCAGAACGCCGACAAGUCAGUGAAGGUUCAAGCGGGGGGUCUAGUUUACGGCGCCCGCAAAGUCAUCAUCACUACACCUAGUCCUGCUAUGAAAACCAUCUCAUUCCACCCCAAGCUCCCUCCGGCGAAGCAAGCAUGGAUUGAGUCCACUACCUAUGGGUACUACACCAAGGCCAUGAUGGAGUUCCGCUCUCCCUUCUGGAUCAAGGCUGGCUUCUGUGGCUUAGCUCAGUCGUUUGUUGGACCUGCUAGCGUUGUACGAGACAGCUGUAGCCCUGAAGAUAAGAAGUAUGUCCUCACUUGCUUCAUGGCCAGUGAUCCUGGCCGAGCUUGGUCUGCGCUGCCCCAAAAGGAACGGGAACAGAGCUUGCUGCAACAACUUGGAAAGCUUUUUGGAGUUGGGAACCUCGAUAAAGAAUUCAUCCAGUUGACUGCAUACGAGUGGGUGAACGAUGAGUGGGCCGGCUGGGGCUGUCCGUGCACAGCUCUGACUCCCGGUGUCCUCGAUACUCUGGGCCCGGAUGCGUUGCGUGAAAGCUCUGGUAACUUGCACUUCGCGGGCACCGAGACUGCUGGUGAGUGGAAGGGCUAUAUGGAAGGGGCUAUUCGUAGCGGAGAGCGGGCCGCCGCUGAGGUUGUGAAGACACUCAACGCUGGUAUUGUUUCACGUCUAUAG